GGCGGGGUUAGCGCUGGCAUACAACCGCCGGAGGUCUUUCAUCGCCAUUUAGAUUAAAAACGAAAAUCCGUAAGAAGCGAAGGGCGCUCCUGGCUUAUUUUGAGAGGCUGUGACCUACUUGCUGCUGUCGCGCCUGGAUUUGUCUGGUCCGAGGUGUGUUUAAGGGAAUUAGUUUGGAUCAGCUGUUCAGUACUCCGCGGUCGGUGAGCUAUGUCAGUGGCCAUGCUUGUGCGACUGGCCACGCAUGGCGGGUCCCGGAUGUGCCGCAGGGUCGUGCUGAAGACCACCCGGGCAGUGCAGGACGACCCGAGGCGAAUGGUCCACAGCCCGUCGGAAACUCGCUCCAGCAACUCCCGCUUUGACCCGGACAGCAGCGGCCGCCCCACCACCUGGGACUCUUUUGGAAUUUGGGACAACCGCAUAGAUGAGCCCAUCCUGCUCCCUCCCAGCAUCCGGUACGGAAAACCCAUCCCCAAAGUCAGCUUGUCCAAGGUGGGGUACGCCUCACAGAUCGGCCAGCGCAAAGAGAACGAGGACCGCUACCAGCUAUCGCAGUUGACCGACAGCAUCCUGUAUUUUGCUGUGUUUGAUGGGCACGGGGGAGCAGAGGCUGCUGACUUUUGCCACAAAUACAUGGAGCAGCAUAUUAAAGAUCUUGUGGCAGAGGAGGACAACUUGGAGCUGGUCCUGACAAAAGCGUUUCUCAAUGUGGACAAAGCGUUAGCAAGGCACCUUCACUUCACUGCAGAUGCCUCGGUGCUAAGUUCGGGCACCACUGCUACAGUGGCUUUGCUGAGAGACGGCUUUGAGCUGGUGGUGGCCAGUGUGGGGGACAGCCGGGCCAUGCUCUGCCGGAAGGGCAAAGCUGUAAAGCUCACAGUGGACCACACUCCAGAGAGAAAGGACGAGAAAGAGAGGAUUCGUAAAAGUGGGGGCUAUGUGACCUGGAACAGCCUGGGUCAGCCUCACGUCAACGGCAGAUUGGCCAUGACACGGAGCAUCGGAGAUUUCGACCUCAAAAAUGCAGGGGUCAUCGCAGAGCCGGAGACCAAACGCAUGACACUGCAUCACGUCCAUGACUCCUUUCUCGCCCUGACCACGGAUGGCAUCAACUUCAUCAUGAACAGCCAGGAGAUCUGUGAUGUCAUCAACCAGUGCCACGACCCCAAAGAGGCAGCACAGCGGCUCUCUGAACAGGCCCUGCAGUAUGGAGCUGAGGACAACAGCACGAUCAUUGUGGUGCCAUUUGGUGCGUGGGGCAAAGAGAAAAGCUCUGAUGUCAGAUUCUCCUUCAGCCGCAGCUUCGUGUCCAGUGGCCGCUGGGCGUAGGGGCCGAAUAGGAAGAAAAAGACAAAUGAGUGGGCCAGGUGGGAGGGCGAUCCUAGUCGGAUCCGACUAAUGUGCAAUACUUUCAGUCCAUGGUGUUAAGGGAACAGGAAAAAGAAACGCAUCCAGCAUUCAUCCCCAAAACCAAUCAUUUGGAGACAUAGGUCUGUUGAGAAACAGCAAAAUGACUUGCUGUUGUACUGCAUCAGGUCUCAUUGGCAUUAUAUACAUUCUGUUAAUGUGCAUUGGGGCACAAAUGAACUGCUUUCGUGAGGGAAAACAGCACUUCCUAAAACCUGCACACUAGCCGGUACUGCUGCAGCCAUGGUUGAACAAGGCCAUGUUUUUUGGCAAACAGGCGGUUCAUUGUACUUUGCUGUAUAAAUGGUUGCCUCAGUUUUACCUCAGAACACUUUUUAAUUCUAUGUAUUUUAGAAUUGUGACUUGAACACAGUUGUAGAUAAGUUGUUGUUUCUUUCAGCAAUUUCAAGCACAUUCAGUGGGUCAAAUUGAGGUUUCUGUUAUAAAAUGGAUAAAAAUGAUAGCACUUUUAAUACUGAUGGUCCACUUUAGACACCCAUUUCUUUGGAUGUCUAGUAUUUCAAUGACUUCAAACACUGCUCACUUAAUUUAACAUCUGAAACAUCCCAGACUAUUGCUCCUACAUAAAACUGAUGAGGAUGUUUCUCUGAUAAUAAUGCUUUAAUGAUGUGUUGAGGGAUGGUUUAGUCCUGCACUGUACUUGGAUACAUUUUCCCAUCUCUGGCCAAAUGUACAUGAAUUUUGGUUGGCUUUCUUUGCUUGACAGUUCAGCAAAUUGUCUUUUGACUUCUGUAGGUACAACAAGCAUCAAAUAUGUGUGCACUGUAUUUAGUUUGAUUGUGGUAUUUUACUUGCAUCCAUCCUUAACUUACUCCUUAAAUAUGAACAAACACUCUAGUAUUGCACUUACCUGGGGGCAGCUGAUGAUAACUUGGCUUGUCCAAUGCAUGAUAGCACUGAGGUCAUCCUGACUGUUCAAAGCAAUUCUCCCUGUGCCAUCCUACCAGGACCUUUCUGCUGCAAUGCUUUUGGAAAACCAGUCUGAACCUCUUUAUUUCCUGUGGACCACUGUUAUGUUUAGUGAACUGAUCUGCUCAUCUAGUGCCUUUUGUCUUAAUGGUCUCCUUUUGUUACGCAAGCACAGUGAUUAUGGUUCGGGACAUUACCGUGGACUUCUAGGAACAAGACGCUAUGACUUGAGCUCGCUCAUUAGUAAUACACAGAUGUUAAGCUUUGUUGGGCUUGUAUGCAAUGGUCCCCUCAAGUGCAUUUGGAACAGGUAUGGUUUUGUAUUACAUGUUUUGUAAAUAAUCAUAUUUAUAUAUUUUGAUGUACCAGAGAAAUACCUGUUAUAUAUAUAUGUAUAUACACACUGUUGUAUAGUUGUAGAAGUGUAUCAGCCUUUAUUAAAGUGUAUGAGACUUUAAAAAGGAGGCAUUUCUUCCAGAUUGGGACCCUCUCGUGUGAACAUGAUAGCAGAUUUUGGAUCUAAAACGCUUCCAUAAUACCUUUUCUGUACUGUAGUCAGCUUUAGGAGCCAGAAAUAUGUGACCUUGGAAUGUGAGCAUCUCAACUCGAGGUGUAUUCAAAGAUGAGUCUUUUUU